AUGUCAACCGCAUCCAAAGUUACACUUGCUUUGACCUCUCUGAGCGCAAUCGGGAUAGUUGUGUUCGUUCACCAAGCUCAGACGAACGAUAAAGCUGCUAUGCAUGCAGGUGUCAUCCGUGAUCUAGAACAACAACGUCUGAAACGGGAGCGUACGGCCGAUUUUGCCAUGUCAAAGGCACUCGAAGAGGAAUAUCGCAAGAUACAAAAGGUUCAAGAUGGCGACGCAUAA